GCGCACGCGCUCGCGGUAAAAACCGCGAGGGCAUUGAUUGUGGGGCAGUCGCCGUGGGGUAUUCAUUGUGGACCAUCCUUUGGACCAUUUUUUGGACCGUUCUUUGGGCCAUCCUUUGUGGAGCACUUAUGCCAUGCUGCACUCUAUGAAAGCGUUUGGCAUUACCGCCAUCGUGGUGCUUGGACUUGGUCUUAUAGCAGGUGCUAUCACCUGGGCAGUGCUCGCAACGAGAGACCGUGGCCCUCCCGCGCCGAGCCCUCCGGAUCUGAUAGAUCUGGACUGGUGGCAGCACUGCGUCCUCUACCAGAUCUACCCUCGCUCGUUCAAGGACAGCGACGGGGAUGGCAUUGGCGAUUUGAAAGGUAUCACGGAACAGUUGGAGCAUUUCGUAGAAGCGGGAGUAGACGCGGUAUGGAUGAGCCCCAUAUUUGAGUCGCCCAUGGUGGACUUUGGUUACGAUAUCAGCAACUUCUACGAAAUACACUACGAGUAUGGCACUAUGGAGGACUUUGAGAAUCUUCUGGAGAAAGCACAUGAACUAGGUCUAAAGGUUCUGCUGGACUUCGUGCCGAAUCACGCCAGCAACAUGUCUGAGUACUUUAUCAAGUCCGAAGCCAAGGAGCCGGGCUACGAAGACUUCUUCGUGUGGGCUGACGCUUUGCCGGAUCCAGAUAACGCCACUAACAGACUUCCACCAUCAAACUGGAUCAGUCAGUUCGCUGGUUCUGCCUGGGAGUGGAGUGACAAGCGUCAGCAGUACUACCUUCACCAGUUCGCCAUCGAGCAACCCGACUUCAACUUCAGAAAUCCAGACGUGCAGAAAGAAAUGAUUAACAUCAUGAAAUUCUGGCUUGAUAAGGGUGCGGAUGGGUUCAGAGUAGAUGCCCUCCCCUAUCUGAUGGAAGCAGACCCCGCGGACCACGACGGUCGCUACCCCGACGACCCCUUGAGUGGCCGCGCAGAGUUCCAACCCGGUCAACUGGGCUACAACAUUCCCCUGUACACGAAGGAUCUUCUCGAGCUCUACGAUCGCGUACAUGAAUGGCGAGGCUUCGUGGACAGUUACUUGGAAGCCAACGGUGGAGACACUCGUGUGAUAUUCUCUGAAGGCUACGCGAAUAUUUCCAUGACAAUGCUGUACUACGGAAACGAGGAUGGAGACAUUGGCGCACACUUCCCCUUUAACUUCGACUUCAUCAGUGAGCUGUCCAACACGUCCACGGCCAGGGACUUCGGUUACACCAUCCUGAAGUGGCUGACUUAUAUGCCUUAUGGAGCUAUUCCUAACUGGCAAACUGGUAACCACGACAACAACAGGGCGCCGUCGCGUUUCCGCGUGAACAUGGUGGACGGCCUCACCAGCCUCAAUAUGCUGCUGCCGGGGGUCGCUGUCACAUACCAGGGCGAAGAAAUCGGUAUGAGAGACGGUUUCGUCAGCUGGGAAGACACGAAGGACGUUGAGGCGUUGCGACGCGGAGACAACGAGACCUACUUGCUGUACUCCAGGGACCCUUGCAGGACUCCGUACCACUGGGAUAGUUCAACCAACGCCGGGUUUUCCACUGGAAACAAAACGUGGUUGCCUGUCGCUGGGGAUUAUAUGGAGAUUAAUCUUGCUAAACAGAAGGAGGAUGCCCGCAGUCAUUUCAAGGUUUAUCAAGCACUAGUAAAACUGCGGAAGGAAAAGACUUUAUCACAUGGCGAGUACUCAGUGAGAGCACUCUCCAACAGAACAUUGUACCUCGUGCGGUAUCUAAGGACAUUCGACACAAUAGUGUUGCUGUUCAACGUGUCAGAGAUGCCUGACACAAUCAUACUGAGCAGGGUCCUACAUCUAGAACUGCCAGCUACAAUUGUAGUCUCCAGUAUACACUCUGCAAGGGUUGCAGGUGACCUAAUUGAAGGAGAGAACUUGACUCUUGCGCCAGGAGAAGCUAUCAUACUGAGAGCCAAACCAGUUUCAUGACAUACUAACUUUUUAAUUUAAACUAGUUUUAAAAUAUUUCAAGUAGUUGUGUGAAGUGUAAAUUAUUGUACAUAGUACUAUUGAUAAUAACAUUAUUAGUUAGUUAAGUAUUUAAUUAAAAUUAUUUUUGUAAAGAAAAUUAAGUUUACUAGCAUAUGAGUUUUGAUACAUUCGUCAAAAUAAAAAUUGUAAAAAUAAUAUUCA